AUGAGCUUUCAGUCAUUCAGAUUGGGUGAAAUUGCACAACAACCCCUGCCACCUCAUCUUUUACAACUUCAACAAGGACAACCGUCAAGUUCUUCAAUACUACGACCGAUAAACUUCGAGCCCGUUUCUAAAAGAGCCCCUUAUGGUUCGGGAGAUUCUGACGAUGGCUAUACACUAGUCUUCCCGAACCUCGAUGCAUUCCAUGAUUGGCGUAGAAAAGAGGAGGAGGCCCACAUAGUCGAGUUUGUGAAGGGUGACACACAUGGAAGUAAAGCAGUACCCCCUCGGUUCAAAGAACACACGAAGCUAGUAUGUGCCAGGCAUUCGAGGAGCGGGAGGAAGAAGUAUGUGAAAAAACACCCAGAACGCGUUCGGAAGGUUCCUAGUAGAAAGAUUGAGGGACAAGGCUGCUCAGCCUCUAUCAGUUUCAAAACAUAUCUUGAUACGGAGGAAGUACGAGCUUGUUAUAUAUCCCAACACUCGCAUGAAACUGGUUUAGCAAAUUUACCAUUUACGAGGCGAGGUCGGAAAGCUGCAGCUGAACAGAACAAAAGUCGGACUAUUCGCAGGAGAGCCACAAGCGAAGAUGGUCCCACUGCGAGUCCUCAGCCUUCCACCGCCACCUCAUUCCCUGCAAUGGUGAACCCGUUAGCUGCACCACCUCCUCAGGCUGCACCUUAUCCUCAAGUGCCACCACCUCCGCCAUCAUUCUAUCAUCAUUCGUACCCAUAUCAACCUCCUCCUCCACACUCAGAAGUGACUCUUCUUGGUCAGGACCGUUGGCAGAACAUGGAAACAUUAUUUAACUCUGUUCGCCAACACGCUCGAACGUUUGUGUAUCCCGUUGCGAGUGUCGCUGCAUUGGAAAGUGUCCUUAUCAGACUAUUUCUUGAGAGCCCCCAGGCUGCUCCUGGUAUUUCUGCCCCCCCGCCCCCACCUCCAAUGCAGCCGGCACGGGACUACAGAAAUGAUGAAGAGGAAGAGUCGGGAUCUGAGUAA